AUGGGCAUGCCGCUGUAUGCGCGCAACCUUGCGCUGCUGCACAUCCAAGAUGCCAUCCUGCGGCGCUGCGUCUACAUCCACGCCUUCGAAGAGCACAACUCCGGGGGCGGUGACAUAUUUCAGAACGAUGCAUUACUCACCAUUACUGCUUUCUGCCUCGCGGCAUGA